GUCACGUUCUCUUCACUGCGGCAAGAAGCACAAUUUCCAUUUGUCCGUGUUCGUUCAAAAGUGCUGUGAAAAAAAUGCGCCAUUCAUAUUUCUCCUACGUUAGAAAUCUAACCCGAUUCCGUUCACGUUCACGUUCACGUUCUGCUGCAUACUCUUCCUUCUUUUCGGAAUUCGAUGGAGAUUCUACACUCGCAAGCCUCAAGCUUAAACAAUCCCCUGCUUCAGGUGAUAGUAUCUCGGUGAAGAAACCCAUGUCGAAGAGAAAUGAUAAUGCAAAAGAGUCCCAAAGUCAGCCAGGUAUAUCAUGGCUCUCGAACAUACAUAACAAUAAUUUAUUGUUACAACGGAAAGGACAUUCUCGCAAAAAGAAACAGAGACACUUGUUUGAAUUUUCCCAAGAGAACUGUUUUAAUAAGUUGGUUAGAAUUUGUGCAAAGGUACUUGGGCCGGAGGCUACCAUUGCAUUGUUUGGUAAAGUUGGACGAGAUCCAGGGAUCAAAGGGUACAACGCACUGAUAGAAAUGUGCAUAGAAAAGGCUAGGGAAAGUAGUGACGAAGACAUAGUGAUAGAAGAGUUGGGGAAGGUUUUCCAUCUUUUAAAAUUGAUGGGUGAACGAGGAUUUCGGCUAGAAGAGCAAUCAUAUCGUCCACUUCUUUUGUAUACUAUUGACAUGUGUAUGGUUGAAGAGUUUCAUUUUUUCUGUGAUGCUAUCAAAGACCAGAAUGCCAGUUUAAUUACUAGAAUCGGUUACUACGAAAUGAUGUUGUGGUUAAGAGUUAAUAAUGAAGAAAAGAUUCAAGAAAUCUGUAAUCUCAUUGCAGAGAAUGAUGGUGAAGAAAUUUCUAAUUUACGAGAAAAUUAUUUAUUGGCUCUUUGUGAGAGUGAGCGGAAGAAGGAGAUAUUGGAGCUAUUGGAAAUCAUAAACAUAAAAAAGCUUUCAUCUGUAGAAUCUGUAGAAAAGAUAUUUCAGGCAUUAGGAAGGCAUCAAUUGGAACCUGUUGCGGAGAACUUCCUUUUGGACUUCAAAACAAGUGAUUAUGAAACAAAUAAUAUUACAAACUUCAUUGCAAGUUAUGCUGUUAGCAUCCCAAAUUUAUCGGUUGAGAAUGUCAUUACAAAAUUCAAGGAUUUGCACCAAACACUUGAAGUGUCACCUUCAUCCUCAUCACAUGAGAAGCUAAUUUUACAUAGAUGUACGUUGUGCGAGGUGCGUGUAGCUCUUGAUAUUGUUGAUGAAAUGUGUGAAGGGGGCUUGACUUUAUCAAAUGAGAUGUUACAGUCCAUAUUACAAACUUGUGAGAAAACAUCUGAAUAUAACUUGGUUCAUCGGAUCUUCUCUACAAUACGCCAGUACAAUCUGGAGACAAAUGAUAAGACAUUCAGAUGUAUGAUAAACUUGUUCUUGAAGAUGAAAGACCUUGAAGGUGCAUAUAGAAUGCUCGAUGAAAUGGGGGAACUGAAUUUGAAACCAUCAGCUAGCAUGUACAAUACCAUAAUGGCAGAAUGUUUUAGAGAGUCGACUAAGUGUAUUUAUAGUAUUAGGAGACAACAAAAUAUGCCUCUACAUGAGCGGAUCACAUCUUAUUUGGAAAUCGCUCGCUUGUAUCACUUGACUAGGCUGAACACUCAUUGGUUUUAUGUGGAUGAGCCUCUGGUGAGUGUGUUUAUUGAGAGGUGGUGUCUUGAGACGCACACCUUCCACAUGCCGUUUGGAGAGUGCACCAUCAUGUUGCAGAAUGUGGCAUAUUAGUUGGGGUUGCCCGUUGAUGAGGAGGCUGUUAGUGGGUGCCUCACUGACUUCGAACAGUUCAUGGACGAUGGGAGACCAGCGUGGGAGUGGUUUCAAAAGUUAUUCAGCAAGCUACCGAUGCCGAAUAAGGUCAAGCAGAUGACGAUCCAUUUCACAUGGUUCCAUGAGAGGUUCAGAGCGCUCCCAGCCAAUACGAAUGAGGAAACGAUACGUAUAUACGCUUGUGCUUACAUUAUGAUGCUACUAUCCACUCAGUUUUUUGGUGACAAGAAUGUGAAUCGGGUUCACCUUUGGUGGUUGCCGUUUGUAGUGAGGCUUGAUGAGUUGGGCAAUCAUGGCUGGGGCUCAACUACACUAGCCUGGUUGUAUAGAUCCAUGUGUUGGGUCGCCAAUAGAAAUGUUACUAAUUUAGCCAGACCACUUCAUCUAUUGUAGUAUUGGAUUUUCUGGCAGUUCCCCAUGUUGAGGCCGAACGGAUUUGACAUAUUUAGUUUUCCACUGGCAUCCAGGUGGGCAACGUAUCUACUAACCUCUGAUGCCAAGGAGCAAAGAAUUAUUCAAAUGCGUCUUGCUUUGGACAGAUUGCGUGAUCGACAUGUAAGUUAUUUAGGUUUGACAUUUGUAGCAUACACAGUUUACAAGGUUCUUUUUAUGGUGUUUUCUAAUCUUAUAUUGUCCUUAACAAUUUUUGUGGGAGCCUUAUUCUACUGUUGAGGUAGUAGCUGUGGUUCAUCCAAAGAUACUUGCCAAGGAAUACUGUAGGUUACGGCGGGUGGUCACGAGCUUGAUCUAUUUUGCCAUGAUUGAGUGGCAUCGAGUUGAUAGAGUGGCAUUGCAGCUUGGUGACAUACAUCAUAUACCUUAGCCAGCUCUGAACAUAAACUGGCUCCAUGCGAAGGAUGGUAGAGGUGGAGAUCGAUGAUUUUCCACUUAUUAUCAGACGUGGCUUCUACAUUGGAAUAAUAGGGUUGAUUCCAUUCUUAGAAUCUAGAGAGUUGUUGAUCCAGGUCUAUCCGCAGAGUACCUUGACUGGUGGCAUAGGGUGGCGCAUAGGGUUCUUUUCCCAGAUGCCACAUUUGAUGAUCCUAGGCCGAUUGAAAUCUCGGCAGAAGCUCAUCGCUGAGGGACAACUGCGACACGUGCCAGGGUGCAAGUUCUGGACAUGCCUAAUAACAGGCGUGUUGAGCGGCAAAGACAAGUUGGUAGAUCUUGGUUGCCCUUCUCUUGUACAUCUCAUAUUAGGAUAUGGAAUGACAGUGGAACCAUCAUAUUGCAGCCAAAGCCCUUCUGGAAUGGGCAAUGUGAACCCCAUCUUAUAUACAUUGAACACUACUCAUACUGUAUACAUCAUGAACAUAUGUCGCCCAGUUCAACUGCGAGUGAGUGCAGCAUGCGAUGACAUGACAAUAUGAGUAAUGCAAAGCCUGAAAAUACCCACAAUCACAUGUAUGAGCUCUAAGUGAAACUCGAUAUAUGCCAAGCAAGAAGUUACCAGUAGGAGUCGUCUCAGCCACUGUAUUGGAUCGGAUUUCGGAUCUACUUUUCAUAAUCGAUCCAAUCCAAUCCAAACCGUACAAUGUGCUAUAAUAUUAUUAUUUUAUUAGUAUAUUUAUAAUUAUACUUAUAACAUGUUCAAUUUGUUAUACAUUUUU